GUAUCACUUAAUCACCCAUAAUACAUGCUCUCCAAUAGCAAAAUGAGAACUUGUAUAAUCUUUCUCAUCUUUUUUACUAGCCAAAUGUUGGUAACAAUGGCUUUUGUUUUGAGUUCAAACUUUGAUAAGCUUGCUUUGCUUGCAUUGAAAGAAAAGCUUACAAAUGGUGUACUUGACUCUCUUCCAUCAUGGAAUGAGUCUCUACAUUUUUGUGAAUGGCAAGGUAUUACAUGUGGCCGUCGCCACAUGAGAGUUAGAGUCUUGAAUUUGGAGGAUCAAAAUUUAGGUGGUACUCUUGGACCAUCUUUGGGAAAUCUAACAUUUCUAAGAAAUCUCACCCUUUCAAAUACCAACUUGCAUGGGACAAUUCCAAAACAAAUUGGUCGUUUGAAGCGGUUGCAAAUUCUCAACUUAGGGAUCAACAAUCUUCAUGGAGAGAUUCCUAAAGAGAUCGUGAAUUGUACAAAUAUUAAGGGUUUAGCUCUUGAGUUAAACAAUUUGUCUGGUAAUCUUCCAUCAAAUAUGUUUCUUGCUUUUCCAAAUCUCGGAAAAAUUUUGUUAGGAGUGAAUCAAAUAUCUGGUAAUUUUCCGUCUUCAAUAUCCAACCUUACCAAACUUCAAAGGUUAGAUAUAUCAUUUAAUGCUUUUAAUGGUCCAAUACCUCUAACUUUAGGUCAAUUAAGUAAGCUUGAGUGGUUUGGUAUAUCAAACAAUAGUUUUGGGAGUGGGGGAGCUCGUGAUUUAGACUUUCUUUCUUCGUUAACCAACUGCACUCAAUUGUCACAUCUCAUUUUUUUCAAAAAUAAUUUUGGCGGUGAGCUUCCUGAUCUUAUAGGAAACUUUUCAUCCAAUCUCAGUAUUUUUCAUAUGGAUGAAAAUCAAAUAAGUGGAGUGAUACCCGAAAGAAUUGGACAACUAACUGGUUUAACAUUCUUAAACAUUGGAAGCAAUUUUCUUAAGGGAACAAUUCCAAAUUCAAUAGGAAAGCUUGAAAAUCUAGUAAGAUUCGUCUUGCAACAAAACGAAUUACAUGGUGACAUUCCUACUAGUAUUGGAAAUCUUACUAUGUUGAUUGAUUUAUAUCUAGAUAUUAAUAAAUUAGAAGGAAACAUUCCAUUUUCUCUAAGACAUUGCACCAAACUGAAGAAUAUAGUGAUUUAUGAUAACAAAUUGAGUGGCGAUAUACCCAACAAUACAUUCAUCUAUAUGGAAGGUUUAAUAAACCUUUAUUUAGAAGAAAACUUUUUGACCGGUCCUAUUCCUUCAGAAUUUGGCAGCUUGAAACAUCUUUCAGGCCUAUUUCUAAACUCAAAUAAACUUUUGGGCGAACUUCCUAAAGAUCUUGGCGAUUGUUCAACAUUAACAAUCCUUUCAUUGGGGGGAAACUUUUUCCAAGGAGAUAUACCUUCAUUCUUAGGAAAGUUAACGUCCCUUGAAUUCCUAAGCAUUUCUAACAACAAUUUCUCAAACAAAAUCCCCAUUGAACUAGAAAAGCUAACUCAUUUGAAUACUUUGGACUUGUCUUUUAACAAUCUCGACGGUGAGGUUCCCACAGGAGGUAUCUUUAGCAAUUUCACAUCAAUUUCAAUAAAUGGAAACAAGAACCUUUGUGGAGGGAUACCUCAACUGAAGCUUCCCGCUUGUUUGCCCCUCAAGAAACACAAAAGAUCUCUCAAAAGGAAAAUUAUUGUCAUAAGUGUCAUUGGCGGGGUUUUGAUAUCGUUCAUAGCUUUUGUAAUUGUUCAUUUUCUCACGAGAAAUCCCAAAAGGUUACCUUUACAUUCUCUUCAAAAUGGGAAUUUGAGAGUUACUUACGGAGAGCUACAUGAAGCAACCAAUGGAUUUUCUUCAUCAAAUUUGGUAGGAUCGGGAAGCUUUGGUUCGGUUUACAAAGGAUCUCUUGUUUACUUUGAAAGACUUAUUGCUGUAAAGGUAUUGAAUCUUGAAGCACGCGGAGCAGCAAAGAGUUUCACGUCCGAAUGUAAAGCUCUAGGAAGGAUGAAACAUCGAAACCUUGUCAAGAUCCUAACUUGUUGCUCAAGUGUUGAUUAUAAUGGUGAAGAUUUCAAAGCUAUUGUUUUCGAGUUCAUGCCUAAUGGAAGUCUAGAAAUGAUGUUGCACAAUAAUGAAGGGCAUGUUAAUGAUAACCUAAGCCUGGAAAAAAGGAUGGACAUUGCUCUUGAUGUAGCUCAUGCAUUGGAUUAUCUUCACAAUGAUACAGAUCAAGUUAUAGUUCACUGUGAUAUUAAGCCGAGCAAUGUUCUUCUCGACGAAGAUAUUGUAGCCCAUUUGGGAGACUUUGGCUUAUCUAGGAUCAUUCAUGGCGCCACAUGGAAUCCAAGUAAAGAUGAAGCUAUUUCUUCUUCCACAAUUAAGGGGACUAUUGGAUAUGUUCCUCCUGAGUAUGGAGCAAGUGGUUCAGUAUCACCAUAUGGAGAUCUUUACAGUUAUGGAAUUCUUCUAUUAGAGAUGCUCACUGGAAAAAGGCCAACAGAUAACAUGUUUUCUGAAGGUCUAAGUUUACAUGACUUUUGUAAGUCCAAAAUUCCAGAAGGUAUCUUAGAGAUAGUGGAUUCACGUUUACUUAUGCCAUUUGCUGAAGAUCAAACAGGAAUUGUUGAAAACAAGAUUAGAACAUGUUUGGUGUUGUUUGCUAGCAUUGGAGUAGCAUGUUCAGAAGAGUUUCCUACUCAUCGAAUGAGGAUAAAAGAUGUUAUAGUUAAGUUGAAUGAAAUCAAACCAAAGUUUCCAUGCUAGGAAUCACUUCUACUAUGAUAAGAAAAUAAGGAAAAUAUUUCAUGUACAUCUCUUUUUUAUACAUAUGUGUGAUACCUAUUUAAUCAUGUAUUAAAUAUGAUUAAUUCGAUUAAGGUGAUGUUAAAAGUGUUAAUAUC